AGUCCAAAAGGAGAGGUCAGGACGAGAUCCCAGCAGUGUGAAAAUGAAAAGUAACCAGUCUGCGGAUUCAUCACAAAAUUAUAAUAGAAGAGUUACAUGGCCUGGUCUCAGAUUAGGCCAGCAGGAGAGGUCAGAACUGGAGCUCAGCUCCGUGUCUAAGAGGACUGACUGGUCUAUUGAUCGAACGGAAAAUUUUAAGAAGGGAAACAGAUAUCUUGGUUUCAGUUCAGUCCAACAAGAGAGAUCAGAACGAGAGCCCAGCAGUGUGUCAAUGAAAAGUAACAGGUCUAUGGAUCAACCAAAAAAUUUUAAGAAAAGAGCCACAUGGCCUGGUCUCAGUUUGGUUCAGCAUGAAAGCUCAGAACUGGAGCUCUGCUGUAUGUCUGAUAAGAGUGACCAGUGUAUGGAUCCAAAACAAUUUUUUAAGAGCGGAAACACAUGUCCUGGUUUCAGAUUCAGGUCAGCCUUGAGGGACAAAUAUCAUUACCUUCAUGAGAUAACAGCAAAGCAAGGAAACCCAACAUUUCUGAAGGAUAUCUAUACAGAGCUUUACAUCACAGAAGGUGAAAGUGGAGCGGUCAGUACUGAAUAUGAGGUGAAACCAAUUGAGACACAAUCCAGGACAGCAGGAACAGAAGACAUUCCAGUCAAAUGCAAUGACGUCUUUAAACCUUUACCCAAACAAGACAAAACUAUCAGAAUUGUGCUGACAAAGGGAAUUGCUGGGAUUGGAAAAACAGUAUCUGUUCAGAAGUUCAUUGUAGACUGGGCUGACGGCAAAGCAAAUCAGAACAUCACUGCCAUAUUUCCUCUUCCUUUCAGAGAGCUUAAUUUAAUCAAGAACAAAAACCUCAGUCUUUUAGAUCUUCUUCAUGUCUUUUUGCCUGAAAUAAGACAAAUGGAAACAUCCACUCUAUCCAGUGAUAACAAUUUGUUGUUCAUUCUUGAUGGUCUCGAUGAGUGUCAUCUGUCACUGGAUUUUCAAAGCAAUGUGAGGUUGUGUGAUAUAAGUGAAUCAGCCUCAGUGGAUGUGCUGUUGACAAACCUAAUGAAGGGAAAUCUGCUUCCCUCUGCUCUCAUCUGGAUCACCUCUAGACCAGCAGCAGCUGAUCUCAUCCCAUCUGAGUAUGUUGAUCGAGUGACAGAGGUGCAAGGCUUUAGUGACCCACAGAAGGAGGAAUACUUUAAGAAGAGAAUUAGAGUUCACAGUCUGGCCACUAAAAUCAUCACACACCUGAAGUCAUCAAGAAGUCUCUACAUGAUGUGCCACAUCCCAGUGUUCUGCUGGAUUUCAGCCACUGUACUAGAGGACAUUUUGAGUGAGGCAGAGAGUGAUAAGAUUCCCAAGACUCUCACCGAAAUGUACACAUACUUCCUGAGGAUUCAAAUAAACAUCAGACAUGAGAAGGAUUAUGAGAAUCAAGAAAAAGAUAAAGACAUGAUUCUGAAAAUGGGGAAACUGGCAUUUCAGCAGCUUGAGAAGGGCAAUGUGAUGUUCUAUGAGGAAGACCUGAGAGAGUGUGGCAUUGAUGUAACUGAAGCAUCAGUGUACUCAGGAUUGUGCACUCAGAUCUACAGAGAGGAGUUUGGCUUGUGUCAUAGAAAAAUGUACUGCUUUGUUCAUCUGAGCAUUCAGGAACAUUUAGCAGCUCUGUAUGUACACCUCUCCUUUACAAACAACAACAUAAAUGUGUUUGACCAAGUCACCAAUCAAAGUAUGCUAUCGAAAGUAUUUAAUUUCAUUCAUUAUAGUUUAUCGAAACAUGUUUCAUUAUUUGGUCUGCAUCAAAGAGCUGUGGAUGAGGCUCUGCAGAGUAAAAAUGGACAUUUGGACCUUUUCCUGCGUUUCCUUCUGGGUCUGUCAGUGAAGUCUCAUCAGAUUCUCCCAAAAGGACUAAUGACACAGACAGGAAGCAGCAAUGAAAGCAAUGAGAAAACAGUUGAGUACAUUAAGAAAAAGAUCAGCUCUAAUUACUCUCCAGAGAAAUCCAUCGCUCUGCUCCACUGUCUGAAUGAACUAGGUGACCAAUCACUAGUGGAGGAAAUAAAAAAUUAUCUGAUAUCUGGAACCAUAUCUGAAACCAAACUCUCUUCAUCUGACUGGUCAGCUGUAGCUUUUGUGUUGUUGACUUCAGAAAAUGAACUGGAUGAGUUUAAUCUUAAAACAUAUUUAAGAGAAAACAGUAACCCUGAAAAUUCUUUAAAGGUUCUUGAAAAGCUGCUGCCUGUGAUUAAGGAAUCCAGAUCAGUUAAGAUGCUUGAUUGUGGUAUCACAUAUGAAGGCUGUGCUGUUCUGACUUCAGCUCUAAAAUCAAACCCCUCAUACCUGAGAGAUCUAAAUUUAUCGCAGAAUAAUCUUCUCAGAGAUUCAGGAGUGAAGCAGCUCUCUGUUGGACUGGAGAAUUCUCACUGUAAACUAGAGAUACUGCUGUUAAGUUGCUGUGGUAUCACAGAUGACGGCUGUGCUGCUCUGACUUCAGUUCUGAGAUCGAACCAUUCACACCUGAGAUAUCUGAAUUUCUCUAGGAAUAACAUAGGAGAUUCAGGUGUGAAGCACCUCUCUACUGGACUGGAGAAUCCUCACUGUAAAGUGCAGACACUGAAGUUGUUUGAUUGUGGUGUCACAGAUAAAGGUUGUGCUGCUCUGACUUCAGUUCUGAAAUUAAACCCCUCACACCUGAGACAUCUGGAUCUGUCUGGGAAUAAAUUAGGAGAUAAAUUAGGAGGAAUGAAACUGCUCUCUGUUGAACUGGCAACAUCUCACUGUAAAUUAGAGAUACUGUGGUUGUCUGAUUGUGGUGUCACAGUUGAAGGUUGUACUGAUCUAACUUCUGCUCUGGAAUCAAACCCCUCACACCUGAGAGAUUUGAAUCUGUCAUGGAAUAAACUAGAUUCAGGGGUUAAUCUGCUGUUUGCUCAACUGAAGAAUCCUCAAUGUAACCUGGAGAUAUUGCAGUUGUUUGACAGUGGUGUCACAGACGAAGGUUGUGCCUCUCUUACUUCAGUUUUGGGAUCAAAUCUCUCACACUUGAGACAUCUUGAUCUGUCUGGGAAUAAAUUAGGAGACUCAGGAGUGAAACUGCUCUGUGAUGGAUUGAAGAAUCCUAAUUGUAAAUUGCAAACUCUGUAUUUGUCUGAUUGUGAUGUCACGCAUGAAGGUUGUGAUGCUCUGGCUUCAGCUCUGAAAUCAAACCCCUCACACUUGAGAGAUUUGAACCUGUAUGGGAAUAAACUACAAGCAUCAGCAGUGAAGCUGCUCAAAGAUCUAAAGAAUGAUUCAAAUUUGAAACUGGAAAGACUAAACAUUUGUUACCCGGCUGCUUCAGAAACCACAUGA